GUAAUAAAAAAUUAAAAAUCAAGAAGACCCUUUCUCUUCCUCGUUUUCCCUCCAAUAUAAACCCCCAAAUCAUCUUUUAUACAGACCAGUUUGAAAGAUAGUAAAUUUCAUUGGAGAUAAUUCAUGACGAGUAAGCUCAAGGUUGAUGAACUUCGAACGGAGCUCGAAAACCGAGGCCUCAGCAGUGGCGGCACCAAGCCAAAACUUGUAAAAAGGCUUGAAGCAGCCAUUCGCAAAGAGAUCAAGCAAUCGAAAGUAUUAGAAGAUGAUUCUUCUACUAGGAACAAACGACAGAGGGAAUCCGAGGACGGAGUUCCAACCGGUUCUGACAAAAUCAGGGCAAUGGACAAGUUCCGGGCCAUGAAUGUUCAGAACCUCCGAGAACAUGCAUCUCUUAGGGGAAUCUCUACUAGCGGGACUAAGAAGGAGCUCCUAGAAAGACUAUGUGCUGAUUCAGAAAACGACCUUAACAAUGGUGAUAACUUUGCAGACCAAAAAGAGGAGGUUACUAAUUUCAAGGAAGAGAAACUAGUUACUGCAACAAAGAAGGGUGCUGCAGUAUUGGAUCAAUGUCUGCCGGAUGAUGUUCAGGCUCAAUUCCAUGUCUUGGAGGAGGGUGAUGAUAUUUAUGAUGCCAUGCUGAACCAGACAAAUGUAAGAGACAACAACAACAAGUUCUAUGUCAUCCAACUACUAGAAUCUGAUGAUGGUUCAAGAUAUAUGGUAUACACUAGAUGGGGUAGAGUUGGUGUAAAAGGUCAGAAUAAGAUUUUUGGCCCCUACACUUCAAAAGAUUCUGCAAUCCAGCAGUUUGAAUCUAAGUUCUAUACUAAAACUAAGAACGACUGGUCGGACCGAAAAGAAGAGUUUGUCUCACAUCCAAAGUGCUACACCUGGUUGGAAAUGGACUACACUAGCCAAGAAAAUGACUCAUUUACCAAAAGAGAGACUUGUGAAAUUCCUCGGAAUUUGGAAACAAAACUAGAAGCUCCUGUUGCAAAAUUCAUCUCUCUUAUCUGCAAUAUCAGCAUGAUGAGGCGUCAAAUGAUGGAAAUAGGGUACAAUGCUGAGAAGCUUCCUCUUGGUAAACUUAGCAAGUCCACUAUUUCAAAGGGGUACGGUGUAUUGAAAAGAAUUGCAGACAUGAUCGGUCAAUUAGAUAGAAAAACUAUAGAGCAACUCAGUGGGGAAUUCUACACAGUCAUUCCUCAUGACUUUGGAUUUAAGAAAAUGCGAGACUUUGUUAUUGACACCCCACAAAAGUUAAAAAGCAAAUUGGAAAUGGUUGAAGCACUGGGUGAAAUUGAACUUGCUUCAAAGUUGUUGAAGGAUGAUAUAGACACGCAGGAUGAUCCGUUAUAUUCUCAUUAUCAACGCCUUAAUUGUCAUUUGACUCAUGUUGAAGCUGAUUCAAGGGAAUUCCUUAUGAUUGAGAGAUACAUGAAGAACACUCAUGCGAAAACGCAUUCAGACUACACUGUUGAUAUCGCUCAGAUAUUCAGGGUAUCAAGGGAGGGUGAAGAUGAUUGUUUCAAGAAGUUCUCUAGUACCAAAAACCGAAUGCUGUUGUGGCAUGGUUCGCGUCUGACAAACUGGGCUGGAAUUCUAUCUCGAGGAUUACGCAUUGCUCCACCUGAAGCACCUGUAACGGGAUACAUGUUUGGAAAAGGCGUGUAUUUUGCAGACAUGUUCUCCAAAAGUGCAAACUAUUGUUACGCAAGCAAUUCGUCUCCUGUUGGCGUACUACUCCUUUGCGAGGUGGCACUUGGAGAUAUGGCAGAGUUACAAUCUGCUGACUACAAUGCUGACAAUUUACCAGAGGGAAAAUUGAGCACAAAAGGCAUUGGUGCAACUGCUCCAGAUUCUUCCGAGUUUCAAACACUUGAAAAUGGGGUGGUUGUUCCUCUUGGAAAACCGAAACAGCAGAUGAGAAAAAGAGGGGCCUUAUUGUACAACGAAUACAUUGUUUACAAUGUAGAUCAAAUCAGGAUGCGCUAUGUUAUUCAAGUCAACUUCAAAUAUUAGCUGCCAAAGACAUAUGGUACGAGUUAGCCUUUAUCGGGUUUUCCAUAAUUAUACAUGCUGCAUUGUUUUCGCUUGCUUGUAAAAUUUUGGAGGGGUAACUUGUAAUAACUUGUCUUUUGGGGGUGGGUAAUCAUAUUCUCAUUUUGUGUUUUUUCACAAUGGUGUUUGAUACUGGCUAGUUUUCACAUAUAACUAAUUAUACAAUUUCAAAACAUCAAAAUGGCUCAUCAAACAAUAAUUUAGUCUUAUUAUCACAAAAUCAAUCCCACACCAAAAUAUCCUGAACUUAAACAUAGUGUUCAUGUUCAGACAGUGUUACAACUU